GAGUCGAAUACGCAUGCGCCUGUUCCGGGUUUCCGGCCGGCGAAGAUUCAAGAAACAGCGCCCCAGCGUGGGGCGGAGCGGGAGCGUCUCGGAGGAGUUGGCGGCUGUUCCGGUUCCGGUAGCACGAAAUGCCUGUUAAAAGAUCCCUGAAGUUGGAUGUCUUAUCACAGGAAAAUUCCCCUAAAUCUAGGCAAUCCAGAGGACAGCUUAUAGCAUCUUACUCACCAACAACAGGAACUCGCCAGAUCAGCCCGUAUUCAUCUCCCAAAAGUCAUAAUGGACGAGAGCUCGGAAAUGGACCAUCAAAUGAGCAAGUAGAAGCUGAUCAGAGCCACACAGUCCCCAGGAGAGGGCAGCCUCGAGCAGAAGACAAAGAUGACAUCAUGAUAUUACUCUAUACAAUUGACAAAUCCUUAGAAAAAUUCAUGGAAACAUGGCAAAGUUUAAAACACUUACAGACCUUGAUGGGCCAGCCAGAGCUGGAAAAUCUCAUCGGUGUUUCUUGUACAUCAUUGGACUUGAGAAGCGAAUUGCAGAAAACAAGACAACUGAUGAUGAAAGCAAGAAAAUGGAACCAGCAGGGAAAGAAAACAUUACCAAGAGAUUUUGGUCAUCUCAACAGCUAUGAAUUCCUCAAGUCCAUUAUUAACUGAGGCAUUAGGAAGAAAUGCAUUCAGUAUGAACACCAAAUUCGACAUCUGUUUUAUUUAAAGGGACAGAAGAAAUGUUUGUAAACCAAUCUGCCUAGCAAAUACCAGUUGAGGAUGGCUCACGGAACCAGGCAGGUGCACUUCGAGAUAAAAUUUCUUGCAUCUAAUUUAAACUUUACUACACACACCAGCAGAUAAUCUCAAUGUAAAUAAUACAUUUCUUCAUGACUCUUUUAUGAAAGCUUGUAUGUAAGAGGAUCCUGAUUUAUUAUUCUGUAGCACAAUUUUUUAUACUAAGUGGAGUUUUUCUAUAUGGAGGUUUAAUAAAACACAUAAUGAUCUA